ACAGCAUUGAAAGUAACGCAUUUACAUGACAUUCAUUGCUUGCUUAAGACGAACUUCAGACACAACAAACACAACAAUGGGGUUUUGAGAAAUUCCGGAAGACUCAAAAAACGUGUUUUUAUAUUUAUUUGUAAAAGGAUUUAUUUGUCCCAUUUCAAUUUCCAUUUUUGUAAUUUGUCAUAAUGGGAAAAGGCGCAAUCAAAGAAGAAGAGAGCGAAAAGAAGAGAAAAACAUGGCGAUGGCCUUUAGCGACUUUGGUUGUCGUGUUUUUGGCAGUUGCUGUGAGCUCUAGGACGAAUUCCAAUGUCGGUUUCUUCUUCAGCGAUCGAAAUUCUUGUAGCUGUUCACUUCAGAAAACAGGUAAAUACAAAGGUAUGAUUGAGGACUGUUGCUGUGAUUAUGAAACAGUUGACAAUCUCAACACUGAGGUUUUGAAUCCUUUGCUUCAAGAUCUCGUCACAACUCCAUUUUUCCGGUACUAUAAGGUUAAACUAUGGUGUGACUGCCCAUUCUGGCCAGACGAUGGAAUGUGUCGUUUGCGUGAUUGCAGUGUCUGUGAAUGUCCAGAGAAUGAGUUUCCAGAACCAUUUAAAAAGCCAUUUGUCCCAGGUCUUCCUUCUGAUGAUCUCAAGUGUCAAGAGGGAAAACCUCAGGGAGCUGUUGACCGUACUAUAGAUAACAGAGCAUUCAGAGGAUGGGUCGAAACCAAGAAUCCAUGGACGCAUGACGAUGACACAGAUAGUGGUGAGAUGAGUUAUGUUAAUCUUCAGUUAAACCCCGAACGGUAUACUGGUUAUACUGGACCUUCAGCUAGAAGGAUUUGGGACUCCAUAUAUUCAGAGAACUGUCCAAAAUAUUCAUCUGGGGAGACUUGUCCAGAGAAAAAAGUUUUGUACAAAUUGAUAUCCGGUCUUCAUUCUUCAAUCUCGAUGCACAUAGCUGCUGAUUAUCUUCUUGAUGAGUCUAGAAACCAGUGGGGACAGAACAUUGAGCUGAUGUACGAUCGUAUUCUUAGACAUCCAGAUCGUGUCAGAAAUAUGUACUUCACGUAUCUCUUUGUGCUACGUGCUGUUACUAAAGCAACAGCAUACUUGGAGCAGGCAGAGUAUGACACAGGAAACCAUGCUGAAGAUCUGAAAACACAAUCCUUGAUCAAACAGUUGUUGUAUAGUCCGAAACUCCAAACAGCUUGUCCUGUUCCGUUUGAUGAAGCUAAACUGUGGCAAGGUCAAAGUGGACCAGAACUGAAACAGCAGAUUCAGAAACAAUUCAGAAAUAUAAGUGCACUAAUGGAUUGCGUAGGUUGUGAAAAAUGCCGACUUUGGGGGAAACUUCAGGUUCAGGGUCUUGGGACAGCAUUGAAAAUUCUCUUCUCUGUUGGAAAUCAAGACAUUGGUGACCAAACACUGCAACUGCAACGGAAUGAGGUGAUUGCACUGGUGAAUUUGCUCAACCGUCUCUCCGAGUCGGUUAAAAUGGUCCACGAUAUGAGUCCUGACGUGGAGCGGCUAAUGGAGGAUCAGAUAGCCAAAGUAUCAGCUAAACCUGCAAGAUUAAGAAGAAUAUGGGAUUUAGCUGUCUCAUUCUGGUGAGUUACACAACGAACUAUCCAGCUUUUAGGCAUUCAUGGUCAAUCUAUACAAGCCUAGGAUGGAUAGUCAUUGUUGUAACGAAUUAAGGAAAAAAAAAUCAUUAUAGAGAAAAGAUUUUUUGUAAAACAGAUAAAAGAAAUAGAGAUUCUUGAGGUAACUAAUCUAUACUGACACAGAAGAAAAAAUUCAUACAAUCAUACCAUUUCAUUGAUGCCUUG